GUUGCCUGAGGUGAAGGCUCGCAAGCCUAAGCGGGCGGAGGCGGUUGCUGCCCGGCGCUUCCGGUUUUGCCGGAGAGCUGAUUGGCUGCCUGUUUCCAGCGGGAAGGGAGCCAUGGAACUGCGGGCGGAACUGACUGGCCGGGAUGGGCUGAAGCGGCCGCUGCGGGUCCGCUGCGAGCCUCAAGGAGAUUUGCGGGGCCUGCUCAGCGGCCUGGCUCACCUGCGGGAACGAGUGUCCGCGCUGCUGGGCCCGCUGGUGGAGCAAGAGAGUGGCGCUGGCGAUCGAGCUGGUGGGGGAGGUGACGAAGAGGAGGAAGAUGAACAGGAUGAAGAGGAAGAAAAUCAUUUUAAUGCCAAAGCGUGUCCUGACGGACCGCCAUUAAAACGGACAAAAACACACUCCUGAUGAAAACUGAAAACCUCUUUUUCUAUGGCAUUUGAAUUUUAUCUAUAGACACUUUUCCCCCAGGAAAAACGCUGGGCUAUUCUGUUAAAUAGAAACACAUUGGCCGUUUGUUUUCUAUUACUAAUAAUAAAAGAGAAGUUUGUUAUUCAUCUGUAGACAUCAUUUGAAAUUCUAAAAUAAAACGGCAUGUGUGUGCUAUUUUGAGACA